AUGUGCAACAUGAACCGGUGCGUUGUGGUUUUCCUUACAAUCACUGCGUUUCUCGUCUUCGCUGGGGCGGCUGUUUUCUUCUACUUUGGCCAGUACGCAGAGGAAAGCAUUCUAGAUUUCUACAUUUACAAUCGCACGUUACAGAUCUUUCAAAGGUAUCCCGUGGAAAUAACCCCUGCAGAAUGGACUUUUUGGACAUGGAGCGCUGUCCUUGGAUGGCAGCUCCUUUGGCUGUUCUAUGCGCUUAUUUUGAUGUGUCGGCGGUAUGGCCCUAAGGUCUUGACUCCAUUCUUCUUCGUGUUUACCCUGCUAGCGUUCGGCUUUACUCUUGGAUGGGUCAUGAUGUGGGGUGAAGAUCUCAUUCAUAUUGCUCUGGGAUUCAUUGGUGGCACAGCCGCGUCAUUGUUCGUGGCUUUAGCAAUCGUCUACAAUCGAUUUAACAACCUCCGUGACGGGAUGAAAAAAUUUCCAACAGGCGACCAGAUCGCGAUGGAAGUGCUUGUCAUUAACGGAAUAGGCCUGUACGCGUCUUGGGCGCUGUACAACUCCUUCCAACAAACCGCAAUUGUGUUGAAGUACACUGCUGAAGUGGAUGAUGAGAUUGCCUGCACUAUGGUCCUCGCUGGACUCGGCUCGACGAUUCUCUUUUGGUUUUGUUUGGAUAAUUUUGUGUUCUGGAAGUUCACAUUAUACACCGUUACGCCCUACACACCAAUGAUUGUCGGCUUCACGGGAACUUUCAUGGAGUUCUGGGACAAAGACAAGCGGAAUUCAAUCUUCAAUGCCGCCCUACUAGGAACUACGUCGUUGUUUUUACUGCUAAAAAUCGUGCAUAUCAUAUGGAGGAGCCGAAGAGAUAGCAAGAAAAGUCGACGACAUGUUCUCACCGACGAAGAGGAGUUUAAGCUGUAA